AUGUCGUCCAUGGAAGCCCUCCAAGCAAGGCUAGAGUCGUUUUCAAAACCAAAGCGCGUCAAACACACAUCGAGCAAGCGCACCGUCUCCGUCAAGUGGCCACAUCCUGACCACUUCUUCGCGACACCCAACGCGCUCGCAGAGGCUGGGUUCUAUUUUAGCCCCAGCUGGGACGAUCGGGACAACGUUGCCUGCUUCCUGUGUGAGAAGGAGCUUAGCGGGUGGGUGGACGAUGACGAUCCGUUUGUAUUGCAUUGGGACAAGUGCAGGGACCACUGCGCGUGGGCGCUUGUGCGAUGUGGGAUGGGAGAUGGGAGUCGAAAGGGAAAAGUUCCGGUGUUGAAAGACCCAGCGUAUCUCCCUACUGGGAAGACUAUGGUCAACGCUCGAUUGACUACGUUUAGGACCAACGCUCGGUGGCCUCAUGAUUUAGAGAAGGGGCAUGGCGCUAGCUCGUCCAAGAUGGCCAAAGCUGGUUUCGUAUACACUCCACAAGUCUCUGGAGACGACACUGCGACAUGCUUCUUCUGCAACACAUCACUUAGUGGGUGGGAUGCAGAAGAUGAACCACUCGAAGAGCAUCUCAAACGAGAAAAGAAACUCGGCACGCCAUGUCCGUUCUUCUCCACUGCAGAAUCUGCCGCUCCCGCCUCCUCCCUCGGCAAAUCUACCGCCCGAGCACCUUCCUCACGCGCCAGCACCAAACCACCAUCACGGGCAGGAUCCAAAAAGCCUCCCGUUUCACAGCAAGGACCCUCAGAUACUUCGUCUUCUGAAUCAGAGGACGAUCUAGCCAGCUCCACUGCCCGCAUGCUCGCACCCCGCCGAGCCCUCAAUCGAUCGACGUCUGCAUCGAGCUUAGCGGCUGACUCUACGCGGCGCUCUAUGAGGUCUUCCAGAAGUAAACCUCCCUCUGAGCCAGAGGAGGAAGCUAGCAGCAGCGACAAUGGGCGCCGAGCGUUAGGAAGAAGUACUCGAGGCAAGACCAAGGGAAAGGCCAAGGAAAGAAUAGAAGCAAUUGAAGAGGAGGACGAGGAUGAACAGGAAGAGGCUGUCGUCAAUAGUGGGGGAAAGGGAAAGGGGAAAUCCAAGGCAAAGUUUCCAAAGGAAAAGAAGGCAGAGAAGGAUAUGGAUGCACCUGCUAAAGCCACGAGGAAGCCCAAGGUGAAGAAGGAAGAGGAUGCGGGCGAUGAACAAGUUGUAGUGAAGCCAAGGGCCAAAGCUGAGAGUUCGAAGAAGGUAGUUCAAACGACUGACGACGAGGAAGCUUUGGAGCGGAAAUCGAAACCGAAACCGAAGUCAAAACCCAAGGUAGGCAGGCCGAAGAAGAAAAUCAUCAUUGAGUCUGAUGACCAGCUUUCCGACGCUGAUGAUGCGGAGGUGGAAGCCAAGCCUGUGCGAAAGGGUAAGGGAAAAGCAGUACAGAGCGCAAUAGAGGAGUCGCAACCAAUUGUAAAGACCAAUCCAAGAGCCGUAACGAAGUCGAAGUCGAAAGCGAAGGCAAUACCCGUCCCCCCACCAGUGAUAACAGAUUCGAGCUCUGAUGCCAGUGCAGAGGAUUCCCCUACGCCUAAUACUCCUGUGAAGCCAGAGAAGCAGGCGCGCAACGGGGUCAAGACACAGCAGACUUCGCCACCUUCAUCCGAGAAUGUCGAAAUGGACGACGCGGAUGACGACGACGCGCAAUCACAGCCUCUUCCAUCACCUGCUCUCAAAAAACCAUCGAAGACUAGAGCCAAAGCUACAAUGAACUCUUCGGAGCGGGGGGAUCCUGCCGCGGUUGCACGCAAGCCAUCUUUGGACAACGCGCGCAAGCAGACUGCUAUCACAACUGCUGCAGAUAGAGACGCAGAGAGGGUGACGGAUCCCACACCCCGUUCGGAGACGCAUUCGAGGAGUGAGGCCAACGGUUCAGGCAAUGCAAGUAGUAGGCCACGAUCAAAGAACACAGCGAAGGACACUGUUCCUUCUUUAUCGAAGUCCUUUGAUGUCUUUUCAGACGAGCUGAUGCAUGUCGACGUCGACGAGACAUUUGCAGCUCCUCGAGGUAGACCCACCGAGCCAAGUCAGGAACAAAUGAAACGUUUGUCCACCGUGUUUGCUCCUGUGGCGGCGGCGGCGGGUUUACCACAGGCGGAGGAGAUCGAAAUGGCCGACGUCGAGUACAUGCUGGAACCGUCGCCUGUCCGUGCCCCCGCCUCGCCCUUCCGUCUAUCGCCGUCCUCGUCUCGAGCUUUCUUGCCGCCGUCUCGUUCUCCUUCGCAGGCACCAUCCUCACCAUCUUCACCGCAUCCCCCACCGCCAGCAUCGUCCUCCAUUCCUACACUAUCAUCUCGCGACUCGGAUCAACAGCUUGUCUCUGACGCUGACGCUGAUAAUUUUGCCGAUAUCGGGUCCCAGCCCCUUAUACAUACGGGUAUGGUCCUCUCGGAGGAGGAGCGUAAGAUGACUAUCGAGCAAUGGAUACAGAAAGAGAUCAAAGUGAGAGCUGAGCGGGUGAAGGUGGAGAUAGAGAAGAAGAUCGCAGCAUACAAGGAGAAAGUUGAAGAGACAAGGCGAAGGAUCGAAGCGUUGUAGAACCCCCUCUGCGAGUGGGAAGCACAUUGUCCUGGUU